AUGUCCAGUAAGAUAACAAGAGCUGGGGACAUCGCCCUUCACGUACUUGUUGGUGCUGGAAAGUGGUUUGAUUCUCUGGAAAUUGGUGGCGAUGGAUUGGCGUUGCGUAGCGAAGAUGGUCAUACGCCUCUUUGUGUGGCUGCAAUGGUUGGGAACAUCAAGGCUACGGAGAAAUUGCUGCAACUCGAAAUGGAACUCCCACCAAAUAUGCGAGCUCUUAAUGAUGCUGCUGGACCAUAUCCCAUCAUAGAGGCUACUAAGUAUGGCCAUAAGGAAAUAGUUUUAGUUUUGAUUAGGGAUUUCAUGGCCCGGAAGAUGGGAUGCUCCCGACCAACUAUGCAAUCACCUGCUUCCAUCUUUCUCCAUCAGCUUGUAGUGGCUGGAUUCUAUGAUGUGCUGCUAGCGCUGGUUAGAUAUCAUCCUUAUUUGUCCUGGGCUGAAUUUUCUGGUGAUGAAUCCCUUUUGAGUUUGAUGACUGAGAAACCUUCUGCAUUUCCGAGUGGGACUCAGCUAGGCUUUGGGCAGUGGUUGCUUUAUCCUGUCAUACAUGCAAAAUUAGAAAGCAGGUUGGCAGACAUUGGAAAGUUCCUUGUUGUAAAUCAGCCGUCAGCGCAAUUGCCCAUUCUAGCAUGGCUUGAAAGGAUGAUAGACAGUUGUCUAAAUCACGUUGCACUAAUAUUCAAGCACAUUAAGGAUACAAAAUUUAUGCAUGAAGAGACUCUUGCUAUCAUGAAAUAUCUUUGCGAGAAACUUAUGAAAGAGUAUAACAUUGAGAAUAUUGAGUCAGUACUCAGAAAGGCACUUCUGUUGUCAGCAAGUUCAGGGAUUUCUGAAAUCAUAGAAGAAAUUAUUCAUCGCUAUCCAGACGCAAUUUGGUUUGUUAAUACUGAAAAUCAUAACUUAUUUCACCUUGCAGUAAUAAAUCGGCAUGAAAAUGUCUUUAACCUUAUAUAUCAGUUAAGUUCAUACAAGCAUUUGGUAAUAGCCGAUGAAGGCGCUUCAGGGAACAAUAUAUUACAUAUGGCUGGCAAGCUAGCACCUCUUGGCCGACUCAAUGUAAUCCCAGGUGCAGCUUUGCAGAUGCAGCGUGCCAUGAACUACAAUGGUAUCAGGUAUGAGCUUCACUUCUGUAAUUUGGUUUAA